AUGCAGCCAAAGUUCCAGCCUGAACUUCGUGUUUAUUUAAGGUCUUUACAAGAACUAGAAACUCAAAAUAGAAUUGAUUGGUAUUGGUCUGACUUUACAAUUCUAAAAAGUACUGACCAGUCAACAUAUAAUGACUGUAUCAGGUUUUGGAAAAAAGUUUUAUUUGAAACAAGUAGUCGCGGUUUAUUAGGUGAAGAUAUAAUAUGUUUAGAGACCAAUGAAUGUUUAGAGAAUAAUUUUCAAAACAAAGGUUAUAGCCCAUUAAGCUUACCUUGUGUAAUUCAAGAAAUGUAUAUGACCAACGAAUUAAUACCUGUUGAUGAGUUUAUUUCUAAUUUAACUAAAUUCUGGUCAAGUUGGUUAGUUUCAAGAUUUAUAAUAAAUCCGAUUUAUUGGGGGAUACAAAAGUUUAUUAGUUCAGGAAACUAUUCUUAUGAAAAAUGGAUUAAAAUGGAUACAUUGAAAGAAGCUGCUAAUCGAGUCCUUCAACAUCAAGAAAAACAUGGUAUUAAUGGGAUCACCGAUAAUCUUUUUACUUUAUCAACUUUUAAAACUGAAUUUGCAACAAAAUCAAUUCCAAAUGUUACUUUAUCUGAUACUGAUUUAAAAGUUUUAAUAACUUAUUUGAUUAUCAAAUUUAAACCUAGAAAUAUCAAUACAAAUACAAAAUUUGAAAUUGCUUCAAUUGAUCGUGGAAUCAUACAUAUAAAGGAAACUUGUAAUAAAUUGCAUCAGCAAAUUCAUGACAUAGAAGAACGUAUAAAAGAAGUAUCUUCCAAAAUUUAUAAACACAUACUUCAAAAACAAAAAGUUAUCGCCAAACAUCAUUUACGACAAAAAAUGCACCUGGAGAAAGUUUUAUCAAAAAGGGCUGGUUCUUUAGUAACUGUUGAAGAAAUUCUUUUAAAAAUUCAAGGGGCUGCAACCGAUGCUGAAAUAAUUGAUAUAUAUAACGUUGGUGCAAAUACUCUACAUGAUGUUAUGGCUUCAACUGGACUCACCAUCGAUUCUGUAGACGCUACCAUAGAUAAAUUACAAGAUGUUUUGGCCGAUCAGCAAGAAAUCGAUGAAGCAAUGAAACUAGGAAGUGACUCUACACUUGAUGCUUCACUUAUUCAAGAUGAUGAAUUGGAAAAAGAAUUAGAAGAUUUGUUGAAAGAUGAAACUAUU